CCACAGAGUUUUGUGUCCCUGCUGGUGAUGAUCCCUGAGGAAAACAAAAACCCUUGGAGGAGCUGGAAAGGAGAACAUGGGAGACUCUUCCAGCACCUAAAGGUGUCCCAAGAGAUCUGGAGAGGGAAUUUGGAAAAGAGCCUGGAGUGCCAGGAAAAGGGGGAACGGCUUCCUACUGUCAGGGGGUGGGUUUAGAUGAGAUAUUGGGAGGAAAUUCUUCCCUGUGAGGGUGUGGAGGUAGCUGGAAUAGAUUUCCCAGGGAAGCUGUGGCUGCCCCAUCCCUGGAAGUGUUUAAGGUCCCCUUCCAGGAUUGCCGAUGGAAGUCAAUGCCGGUGAAGCCCUGGAGAAUUACUGGAACUUUUCUGCAGCUUCAGCAGUCCUCCUGGGAACGAGCGGAUCAAAGGCUGGAAUGUCACGUGCAGGGCUUGACGGACACAUCUGGGACAUGGUUUGGGAGUGAUGUCACCGUGUCCCAAAUGCCAGGACAGACGCUGGGACGUUUAAAGCCAAAAAACCCGAAACCUCUCCCAGAAAACAUGACUUUCCUUCUGGAAUCAGCACGGAAAGAGCCCUGUGGGAAGCAGAAACACCUGGAAACAAAGCUAAAUGUUGACUUUUGGUAUUUUUAUGGGGAUAUAAAGUUUGUCCCAGGAAGCAGCAAGUUUCUACGGAGGGCUUUUCUCCAUCGUAAUCUAUUUUCUUUGGGAAAAAAAAAACCCUCAUGAAUUUUGGGGCUGGAAAAAGAAUUUUGGUUCCACCAGGCUCAUAAAUUUUGUCCUGUGCCCGUGGGAGGGAAUUUGGGAGGGUCUCGCUGAUCCCCUCCCGAGCAUCCAGCCAGGCUUCCCCUGUCCAAAACUUGUCCUAGAAAAUAGGAAAACGAACAUUAAUAUCCAAGGAAUGUGUUGUAUAUAUCUACAAAGCCAAAAAAAAAAAAUCCUGCGAAGGAAAGGCUGGAAAGCUCCACCGCCCGGCCUUGCUGCUUCCCUGCAUCUGCUUCAAAGCUUCACCUCCUCUGGAAUCCGCUUCCAAAACAAAUCCCGACGUCCUACCUUGGGCUCCUGCCAUCCCCAGCUGGACCUGGGUUUAUUUCCAAAGGGGGGAAGCGCUGUUUUUCAUGGAUAACUCGUUCAGAAAGCGGGAUUUUGGGGGGAUGAGGGCAGUCAUGGCUGUUUCUGGCUGCAAGGCUGGAACUUGAGGAAUGCUGUAGGAAUCUGGAAAGGCGGAUUUGGGAGGAAAUCCACCGUGUAGGGUGGUUUUGGCUGGGAAUGUGAGCCGUGGAUAAUGGCGGAGGAUACCCUGGCUGCCUAAAGGCUAAAGAGGGGAUCCCGGAAUUUCCACGGGGGCUCAAGUGUUCCUUCCCAGGGCUGGAACGAGAUCCCUGGGAUUGUUAGGAUUGGAGUGUUGAGAAGGGACGAGGCACCAGCAGGAAUUAAAGGCUCUGAGGCAUCAGGAAUGUGAUGAAGAGGCUGAAUCUCAUCCAUGUCCGUGUUUUUCCUGGAAAGCCGUGCCGCCAGAUGCGGCCCUUUACAAGGCCAAGUGCACGCUUCCAUCAGGGAUGCGGGAUGGAGAAAGGUCACGGGUGGGAUGGAGGAAUGCCAUUGGAGCUGGGAUGGAGACGUGAGUCGCUGCUCUUUGCUUUCCAGGUCUGUUCUUCCAGCUCUUUUUUUGGGAUACGGUUUAGGCCGGUUUGGAGGGAAUGUUCCGUUCCCUGGUGUGUGGGAGCACGGGGAGGGCGCAGAAUCCUGGAAUGGUUUGGGAUGGAAGGAACCUUAAGGAUCAUCCAGCCAUGGGCAGGGACACAUCCCACUGGCCCAGGUUGUUUCGAGCCGGCUCCAGGGCUGGAAGCCUCUCCCGAGCUCUGGAAGCGCGGUGCUUCCAAACGCGGCCUCUCAGCUCCCUCUACAGCCAGAGGGAAGGAAAAAAAAAAAAACCUUCCACAAGUUGCUCCACCUGCUCCUGAAAUCGUCAGCUGGAGGGUCCUGUCCUUCCCCAGGCAGAGAGAGAGAGGUGAUGCCAGAAUCCCAGACCUAAAAAUUCCCGUUCCACCAGGAAACUCCUAUCUUGCACACAUCAGACCUCCAGGAAACCUGGCAGAGGGGGGUCUUCCAUGUCGACAUGGGGUAUCCCAAUGCUCCUGGAGUAAAGGCCAUGGCUGUUUUUCUGGGAGGAGGGAGGGAUGGAGGCAGGAAGGGGCCUUUGAAUCCCUCGGGAUCCCCUUGCCGUGUGUGGUGGCUCCAUUCCCAGCCUGAGCUCCCAUUUCCCAUCAUAAAUGCCAGCAUCUCCUUUCCCGCUGGCUCCCAACAGAGACGGCCGGGGAACCCUGAAUGUGUGUCCUUGCUGGGAGUAAAUCCCCAGGGAUGGAGGAGGGAGAAUUCCCAAAAAUGGCAAAAAGGGAGCUUCCUUUACACUGGGGUUUAUGAAGUUUCCUGUCUCGAUCCGGGUUUUUCCUGGGAAGUGGGCAGGGUCAGGUUACGAACACCUCGUCAGGUACCGAGCUAAUUGCAGGAGCGAUUCCCAAGCAAAGCAUCCACAAUUUGGGAUGGAGAGGACUCGCUGGAUGCUGGGAAAGGGGGUCUUGGAGCAUUCCAAAGGAAAAGCAUCCAACCCUUCCCAAGGCUGUGGAGCCCGGGGAGGGGUUCCCUGCCCCUCCCUCUUCCCCUGCAGGAUUUUGGGAGCCUCCAUUGGCAAAGCCGCCUCAUUGAGCAAGAGGGCCCUGACGAGAAUUCCAUGAGCGAGCUUCCCGCAGGGAGCAAAGGGCAGCGGGAGCGUGUCCCUGCCUGGCCGGCACCUCCCGGGGAUUUUGGACAGCAAAGGGACCGCAGCGAGGAGGAGGAGGAGGAGGAAGGCACCCGGGAAUUCCUUCAUCUCCCUGGGCUGGUUCCCAGGCCAUGGCGACCACCACGGUGACGGAUGCCGGCAGCGUGAGGAUCAUCACGGAGGUGAUCCCGGCCACGGAUCCGCGGGCGGCCCAGCUGGCCUCAGGCUCCCAGGCACCUGCCAAGACGUCAUUCCAAACACAAGGCUUCCGGAGGGCGCAUCCCAAGGUGUUGGGGACCAUCCACAUCUUCACCGGAAUCGUCCACAUCUGCUUUGGGAUCAUCCUGACAUUGUCGGAGCACAGGAACCCUUCCCUCCCCGUGGCCAGCGGGGUCCUCUUCUGGCUGGGGGUCCUGCUCCUGGUCUCGGGCUCGUUGCUGGUGGAAAGUGAAAGAAGAGACAGCCCCGUGCUGGUCAAGACCUGCUGCGUGGUCAACGUGGGCGUUGUCCUGGGCACACUGGUGGCCACCGGGAUCCACGGCACGGCCAUCACCCGGAACAUCCCCGGCUGCGAGAAACCCAAGCCCUUCCAGGUCCGCCCGGAAUGGUGCCUCAACAUGCACGGCAAGAUCCUGAGCAACGGGCUGGAUUCCAUCUCGGUGCUCCUCGGCCUGCUGGAAUUCUGCGCGGCCGUGGCGGUUCUGGCGUUCGGAUACGACACGGUCCGGCAGCACACAUACACCCAGCUGGCGCUGUAGCCACGGCCGAGCCCCGCACGUGCUGCUGCAUCCCUGGUACCGGAGCCCCCUGGGAUGCACACAGCGUGUUCGGUCCCCAAUAAAGGCCUCUCCCCCCGCCCAGCCCGCGCGUG